AGAGCCUCCCCCAGCCCCCGAAACUUGCGGUAGCAUGCAAGCCGCCUUUUCUUUUCAUAGCUGGUGAGCGAAUUGGUGGUCUAUCCUCCUCGAGGUAGGCCGCCGGCCCGCGGAGAGUUGUUUGAGGAGAUCGUGGAGAAUUUUAAUGUGCUCGUCGGACCAUUUCUUUCUCCUUUGCUGGCGUUGUCUGGUCUUUCACGCGAAGUGUUCCGUUCUGCUGAAUCUCAGGGGCUUGUUUUGCUCGCCAGAGACGUCAGCAGCCAUGGUGAACGUUCCGAAGACGAAGAAGGCCUUCUGCAGUGGCAAGGACUGCAAGAAACAUACCCUUCACAAGGUCACUCAAUAUAAAAAGGGGAAGGAUAGCUUGUAUGUGCAAGGCAAGAGGCGUUAUGACAGGAAGCAGUCGGGAUAUGGUGGCCAGACGAAACCAGUCUUCCACAAGAAGGCGAAGACCACCAAGAAAAUCGUCCUUCGACUUCAAUGCCAGACAUGCAAGCACGUAACGCAGCAUCCUAUCAAGCGAUGUAAGCACUUCGAAAUCGGGGGCGACAAGAAGGGCAAGAGCACGUCUCUGUUUUAAAUGAGUAGUUAUCGUCCGACGUCGAAGAUGGUCGCAAGCAGUGAGGGAGGAUCCCAUUUUGGAAUUUUCUCGGUUGUGCUCUGGCAUGUAGAUGAUGGCAAGAUGUAUGGUGGCACGCACGGCUGGCAUGUCGUGACGGCGUUUUCAGGAGGGCCGAUUCAGAUGAGGAUAGGUUGAUAACGUGACUUUGUUUCGCCAAUAUUCGAGGAUAUUAUUGUAAAAUGUUGAAACAUGGAAAGGGCUCGUGAAGAGCCGAGGUAUUUUUGGCCCUGGUAACGAGGAGCACAAACAGAUUGGAAACGACGUGCCGCAUUGCUCAUUGUUGUCUGGUUGUCAGGUUCAUUUCGACCUCCCGCCGCCGACUCCCCCGCCUCUUUCAGCUUCUUCCGCCUUACAUUCAUCUUGUUUCUCCAACCUCAGUUUCUUCGUUCUCUUUGUCUGCUCUCGGCUCCCCAUCGUCGUUAUUGUUCAUGUCUAUUACAAAUUUAAAGGCAAGCAGAGGGUAUGGUGAAGGAGCGAGAAGUCGAAGACGCGAAUGCGAAGACGAGGGAGAAGGGUGCGGAAGACGAGCGAGGAGGGGAUGGAGUCGUUUCCUUUCUCCUCCCCAUUGCUCGCUCUUCUGCUGAUGAGGGGGCCGUGGAAGGGCAAGAAGUAGAGCAGAGGGUGUGAAAAAAGAAGAUGACGAGAAGGCGAGGGAGUGUUCUGCUGCUGAGGGGGUGGUGUAGAGGGAGGGUGGUUUGGGCGGAAAAGGGUGAAAAGUAGGUAUCGAAACACAAGGGCGGGAGAGGGGAAGGUAGUGGUUGGGGGACAGAGGGAAAAGAAUACUAUAAACCGCAACGAUGAUGUCGCGUGGUGAUCUCUAUGUCUAAAACUGAGUGGGAAAAGAGUACUAUAAACCGUAACGAUGAUAUUUAGUGGUAAUGUAUAUCUGAAACUAACUCUUAAAGCUUAUGAUGCCGCGGGGAUCACGCAGCGCGCCGAUUAAUUUGGUUUGCCGCAAGUUCCGGCCUGUGGAUUUAGAUAUGGAGGGCCGGGAGUUCAAUCAGCGAAAAUGGGCAUCAACCCCCCCCUCUUCUCGCGCGCGCGCGAGUUAUAUAUAUGGCAUUACUUUGUCGAUCUUCGGGAGCAAAAAGUUCACUGAGCCAUUCCAAACCCUAAUCCGGAAGGGAAUAAAAACCUAUUGAAACG